UCUCGCGAGAACAGCCGACGUCACUGGAUAAUGGCUGGAGAUCGAGGAUAUUAGAAGAUAAAUAAACAUACACACUCUAACAGAGGAAGUGAAUCUGUGGCCCUCACAGAAACGCUACUCAAACAGCAGCAGCAGGGAUGACGAAUGUCUCCAACCACGGGAAGCUGCUCCUGCAGCGCUUGCACCAGCAGAGGGAGAUGGACUUCCUGUGCGACAUCACCAUCGUAGUGAGAGACGUGGAGUUCAGAGCUCACCGUAACAUCCUGGCUGCAUUCAGCAAGUACUUCACCUCCCAGGCGGAGAAAGAGCAGGAGGUCACCACGCUGGACCCUGACAAGGUCAGCCGCUACGCUCUGGAGAAGCUGCUGGAGUUCAUGUACACUGGACAGAUGAAUGUCAGCAGCACCAGACAAGCAGCUGUUCGUCAGGCAGCAGUUUUCCUGGGAAUGUCCGAGGCCACAAAGUAUCUGGAGGAAAUCCCUCACUCGUCCGAGAUCAGCAAAACAUCUCAGUCGGAGUCGGCGUCUCCGAGCAGCCCAAGCUCCCCGGUGCCUCUAUCCAUCGACUCCAUCGCAGAGGAGUGGACCGAGGAGGGGAACGAGGCUCAAGAGCGGGAAGAGGACACCAACGAUUUAGUAGGAGGUGACAGAAGUGAUGAAGAGUACAUGCCCUCGAGCGCCGGGCGCGGGCGAGGCCGUAAAAGAGGGCGGCCUCGGAGCGUCGGUGUGGAGCAGGCGGAGGCCAGCAGCUCAGCUGAUGGCGCGCCCAAAACCCAGAGCUACAGGGGGAGAGGCAGAGGAAGAGGAAGAGGGCGGGGCAGGGGGCGGGGGAGAGGGAGAGGAGUUGUGAAGAGGGAAGAUCUGUCUUUAGAAGAUUCUGACACCAGCAUGAAGGACUUUGGCGACACCUCUGCAGACUGGAGCCCCUCACAGGACGAAGACUCCCCGACCAAAAAGGCUCGACUCAGCAGCGGAGAGGGUCGCAGAGGUCGAGGCCGGGGGAGGGGGAGGGGCAGAGGGAGAGGGAGGGGCAGAGGCAGGAGGAAGAGCGAGGAGGAGGAGGUGGAGGAGGAAGAUGAUGAGGAGGAGGAGGACGACGAGGAUGAGAGUGGCUCAUUUGGAGCGGAGGGUGAUGGUGAGGAGGGGGAAGAUCUGGGGGAGGGCGGCGAGUCGGGGGAACAGGAUCCGUCUGAGAUGGACGAGCAGUCGCUGCUCUGCACCGAGUGCAACAAACUGUUCAAGGACGCCAGCAGCCUGCGGCGCCACGAGAAGAUCCACAAGGGACUGAAGCCAUUUGUCUGCAUCUUCUGCUCCAAGACGUUCCGACAAGCAACGCAGCUGAAAACACACCUGCGCAUUCACACAGGCGAGAAGCCGUUCAGUUGCUCCGAGUGCGACAAGUGCUUCGCUCAGAAGUGUCAGCUGGUUGCUCAUCGCCGGAUGCACCACGGCGAAGAGAAGCCGUACACCUGCGAGCGCUGCGGGUUCAAGUUUGCCACCUCGUCCAACUACAAAAUACACAUCAGACUCCACAGUGGGGAGAAACCGUAUGUGUGCGACAUCUGCGGUCAGGCGUUCGCUCAGUCCAGCACGCUCACGUAUCACAAGCGACGACACACCGGAGAGAAGCCGUACCAGUGCGAUCUGUGUGGCAUGUCCUUCUCUGUGUCCUCCUCUCUCAUCGCACACGCCAGGAAACACACGGGCGAGACUCCGUACAAAUGUCCCACACCGAAAUGUGACGCCCGUUUUGUGACGUCGUCCGAGCUGAAAAAACACGUUCGACGGCUUCACCCGGAGGGAAACAGCGGCGUCCAGUGUUUGCUGUGUGGAAACAGAUUUGCCAGCGUGAAAAACAUGAUCAAACACCAGGAGAAAGCUCACGCUGAUGAAGUUCGACAACACAAGGAGAGAGCCAGAGCUGUGGUCCUCCUGGCGUCCAGUCAUCCUGUGGCGUUCGUCCAGAGCAAACUCUCUCAGGACAAAGGUUUAGUUUCCAUCUCCGAAGACGAGCCACCAAACCCUGAGCUGGCCACGCCCAACCCCAAAGCCACACCCAUGUCCUCGGACUCCGCCCCCGCCACGGAGUCCACCAACACGGACAUCAUCCAGAGCUUCAAGCCAGAGCCCACCCACCACGCCGUCACCCCCGAUGACCAGGAGAUGACCUUUGAACCCGACCAGGAGCAGACCAUCAACUCGGACACGCUGCAUGCUCUGGUGGAGCAGCUGAGGCCACCGCCCUCUCCCGCCCAGAGCCUGGAGCAGAUCGUCAUCAUCAGGACGGUGGACACAGCCGAGAACAGCGCGGGUCAGCAGUGAGGAUGGAGCCUCACAGUGGGUCAGAGGUCGCCGUGGAGGACAUUUCACUUUUUUAUCAAAAAAGUUACAGUCGAAUGAGUCUGAGUUUGAUGUUUGGUAGAACGUUAAAAAAAAAAGAGAGAGAAUCUGAUCCAAUCUUUAAAGGAGUAGUCUCGCAGCUAGACACUCGCUGUGCUUUCACAGCAGCACGAUUCCUUCAGGACACGUCGACGCGUUCACACUGGAAAUAAAUGAGUUAGGACCCUUCAGUGAGCUGUCACGUCGUCAUCAGCUGAUCUGUUAUGCAUUGAGCCAAGCCCUCUGUUGGCGAUGCUGCUUUAAAUGACGUGAACGCAGACUUGUUUUACUGAGAUCAUCGAGAUUCUGAGCAGAAACUACGUUGAUCUUUGUUGGCGUGAAAUCGCUGACCUCAGCGAGAAAACCCUUAAAAAAAACAGGAAACUGAAGUCUGUAAACCACUCACUCUCCCACACCAAAGCCCAUAGAGAAAAUCAGUGAUUUUAACAUCACACACACAGGAGUUGUUGAUCCACUGCUGCCUCCUUCACUAAGUUCAAAUGUAUUUUGGCGUUUAAAAUCCUGCAUUCAGGUUUACGUCAGUGACACAAAGUGACCACAGGAGGCAGCAGUAGACCAGCAUCUCCUGUGUCCCCUCAGCUAAAAUCACUGAUUUUCUCUAUGGGCUUUGGUGUGGAAGAGAAACAUUCGUUUCUUGUUGUAAAAGUCCAUCUAACAGUGAGAUGAAGACUUCUUUAAGAACACGUUACACAUCUUUAUCUCACUGUGAGACAGACUUUUCCAACAGGGAACUGAUUGUAAACCACUCGUAACAAAUGUCCAUGUCCUUUAAUGUGAUCAAAAUAUUGAAAUCAGGAUGUUUUUAAAAAAAAUCUGUGAUAAAUUCACAUUUGGAGCCGAAUCAAACGUUGAUUAACUUAAAUUUCACAACUUUAACUUUGAAAAAUUUUCCACAAAUUCUCAAUAACCUGAAAAUAACAACUUCUCACAUUUGUUUUGAAUAGAUUUAUGUAGAAUAGACAUUUUAUUUAUCGUUAAAAAGUGUUUGACAUGUGACGGUGACUUAGUUUCACGUGAACACAGAAGCUUUUAGUUUCACUGUUGUAGUUCAGUGUUUUUAUAUUAAAAAUAACAAACGGC